AUGCCGAUAGCCAUGAUCACCGCUUGUGCCGACCGCGACCUGGCCCGAGCCAAGGACGCGUUUGACGGGUGUUUGCACGACAUGGCAAGGUUGACGAGCCUCCCCGAGCAGGACAUGUUCUCUUGGGAUGCCCUCUUAGCCCCACAGCAAGCAUUUCUCUCUGUCAGCGUGCUGGAUCGAGGUCUGCAUUACUGGGCUGGUGUCUGCGGGCCUUCUCUACUUCCAAACACGUCACCUUGCUCUGCCGUGGAGGUUGAUGGGCUCGAGUCGGAACCAGCCAUUGAUCUUCUCCAUGGCCAAGAUCCGCCUGACAUCGACAUGUGUUCUGGAGGGAUGGAGGGCUUUUGCGCCAAAACUCUAGGGCAACGCAAACUAUCAGGAACACGAGAAUGCCCAGUCUCGUUCGUCCGCAUUUUGAUUCGGAUCGAGGGCCUCGAUGAUCAGCGCUCUAUGUGGCGCCGGAUUGCGCCGCCUGGGAGCCGGCAUUUGAGCAGCGAGGUGAGAUCGAGAACGAGCAUUCCCAAGGCUGCGGCUCACAAUCCUGGUAGGGAAGUGUAUUCGCCUCCAAAGUGCUCGCCGGUGGCGGCCAGGAUCAUCGGCUUGCUGCGCGAGGCCGGCGACGAGGAUGAUUUGGAUCGGGUGAUCGGGGGAUGGAAUGGGAUGCUUGGAAGGUACACAGUAGUGGGAGAGGUUUUGCGGCAUUUGGGGAAGAUCUCCACGAUCGUGAGGCUCUUCGAUUGGCUGGGCAGGCAAAAGGGAUACCAGCACUCGGUCUUCACGUAUAACUGCUUCCUCGACGCUCUAGCCAAGGCAAACGCUGGCCAGCUCGCCUAUGAGAAGUUCCAGCAGAUGCAAAGGCGUGGCUAUCCUCCCGACGAUUUCACCUACAGCAUUGUUCUUCGCGGCCUCUGCAAGGCCGGGGAGCUGGACAAGGCCAAGGAGCUCCUCGGCCAGCUACGCGAGAGUGGAGUGAAGCUCAACGUGAUAACUUACAGCGUCGUGAUCGAUGGCUGCUGCAAGGCGUCGAGAGUGGACGACGCUCUGGAGAUUUUCAAGACGAUGAGCUCCGGUGGUGGCUGCGUUCCGGACGUGGUGACUUUCAAUAGCUUGCUCAAGGGGCUGUGCUCGGGCGAGAGGAUGAGCGAGGCUUUCGUGCUCUUUGAGUACAUGGCCAAGGCUGGUUGCGAGCCAAACGUGAUAAGCUACAGCACUCUUCUCGACGGGCUCUGCAAGGCUGGGAGGCUGGACGAGGCUUGCCGGCUGUGGGAGGAGAUGGUCGAGAAGAGCUGUGUUCCAGACCUUGUAGCGUAUACUUCCUUCGUGACCGGGCUUUGCAAGGCGAACCGGGUGGCCGAGGCUUGCGACUGCUGCCGGAAGAUGGUCACGAAGGGGAGUAAGGCGGACGCUGUGGCGUUUAGCACCGUGAUUGGGAUUCUCUGCAAGAAAGGCCAUGCCGAGGAGGCCCAGAAGUUGCUCGUCGAGAUGGUGGGAAGCUGCUUCGGUCGCAAAAGAGUGACCGUGGAGGAAGGCCAGCUAAUAUCACUGUCCGAUGCUUUGGAGCUCUUCGCGUUUCUUACAGAGAGGGGAGUUCCAAUCGACUCGUCAACAUUGCACACCCUCGUCUGUUGCUUUUGCAUGGGAAACAAGGUUCCAGAGGCAUUUCAGCUGUUCAGGACGGUCAAGAGAGUAACUCCGCUAGCUGCGACGUACAGCCAAAUGAUUGAGCAUCUAUGCAGAAGCGGGAUGCUAGACGAGGCGUGCAAAACUUUCGAGGAGAUGAUCUCUCGCAACCAUCCGCCGAGUGCCGAGCUUUUCAACACGCUGAUCCACGCGGUGUGCAAGUCUAAGAGGCUCCCAGACGGCGUGCUGCUGUUCCAGAGAAUGAAAAGCAUGAAGGAGUUCUACUGCCCUCCCAACUUGGAAACGUACAACAUCAUGGUGGACAACCUCUGCAAAGCCAAGCAGCUGGACGAGGCUCAGGAGCUCGUGAACGAAAUGGCCAACUACGGCCUGUCCCCAGACGUGGUGACAUACAGCGCUCUUGUCGACGGACUCUGCAAGCUUGGCAAGCUGGACCGGGCCUGCGACCUCCUGGAAGAGAUGAGCAAGGAGGGAGUUUUUCCAGAUUCCUUCACGGACGCCUCCAUCCUCAACGCCCUGAGCAAAGCCGGCAAAGUCGACUACGCUCUCAGCCACCUGGAGACGAUGAAAGCCAGGGGAUCAACGCCGGACCUGGUGACUUACAACACCCUCCUCGACGGCCUCUGCAAGGCAGGACGUAUCGACGAGGCCAUCACGUUUCUGGCCAAGAUGGUCGCGGCCAAAUGCACACCGGACGUUUUCUCCUACACGAUCAUCAUCACGGCGCUGUGCAGGAGCGGCCAGGCGGCCGGUGCUCACGCCAUCUUCCAGGAGAUGGUCAAGCGAGGCGUCCUCCCGGACACGGUCUUGUAUCACUCGCUGCUGGACGGGCUGGCGAGGAACGGUCUGGAGGACCUGGCUCUGGAGCUGCUCAAGACGAGCCUGUGCAAGCCCGACUUCGUGAUGCACAAGAUGGUGUUGGACGGGCUGUGCAAGGCAGGGAAAGCCGAGGACGCUUGCGAGGUUGUGGAGAGAAUGGCCGACGCUGGCUUCCCGGCCGAUGCCUUCACGUAUAUCAGUGUGGUGAGUGGCCUCCGGAAGCUUGGAAAGGUGGACAAGGCUCGCCAGCUCGUGGACGACGCGUCCGAGACUCAUACUAGCGUGGAGAGGCUGUCCAUGGAGAAGGCCGAGGCUGGAGCGCUCUCUUAGCUUUGGAAGUCAUAAUGGCAAAGGAGCAGGGCUACAUGGCAAACCGAGCUCUACAUGCGAUUUGGAGCUAAUAGAAAGACAAUAGUUAUCACGCUAUAAACCCUAAACCUUUGAAAAGGGGAUAUACUUUUAUCGUUGGUAUCUUCAUAAA